AUGGCGGGGAAGGCGGCGGCGGGCGAGCCCUAGCCCCUGGGGCGGACGGCGGAAGAGGCGGCCUGGGCGGAGACGCUGCGCGGGGCCUGCGAGCCUGAGCACCACUGGCGGUACCGCCGGGAGUUCCUGCUGCGCAACGUGGGGGAGCUGCCGGCGGCGGGCAGCGCCCAGCUGCAGCGCCUGGUGUCCCUCUCCAUGGUGUGGGCCAACCACGUCUUCCUGGGAUGCCGGUACCCGCCGCAGGUCAUGGAGAGGGCGCUGGAAAUGGCCGAAGGCAUCCAAGUGACCAACGCGCCUGUCCACACCACGAGAGACGAACUGGUUGCCAAGGUGAAGAAAAGAGGCAUAUCAAGUAGCAAUGAAGGGGUAGAAGAGCCCUGCAAGAGACAAGCUGUUGAGAAAAGAAGAGACUCUAAAGAUGCUGGAAAGGAUGUGAAAACAACCAAGGCAGAAGGAGUGAAGGAAACAGAGAGCACUUUGCCCAAAAAGCAGGAAAAAGGUACUAGCAAAGAUCCAGAAACUUCCCAGUCAACUUGCAGUACAGAUAAAGAAAUGGUCGUAGUCUCAGACAUAGAAACAGAAGGAAAACCUGCUAAUGCUGAAAGUACUGCUGAGCAAAAGCCACCUUCAUCUGAAAAAGAGCCAGGAACAAAGCCUUGCUCAAGCCCACAUAAGGAAAGCAAGUGUGAAAAUGUGCCAUCUCCUGAAAAGAAAACUGUAGUACGUGUAGCACCACUGGCUGUCGAGAGCACCCCUCAGGCAGCAGCGGUGGUGGCGGCAGUGCCACCAGCUGCCAAGAGCACCCCCCAGGCAGCAGCAGUAGCAGCAGCAGUGCCAUCAGCCUCCAAGAGCACCUCACAGGCAGCAGUGGUGGCAGCAGCAGUGCCCCCAGCUGCCAAGAGCAGCCCACAGGCAGCAGCGGCGGCGGCAGCAGUGCCAGUGACCGCCAAGAGCACCCCACAGGCAGCAGUGGCGGCAGCAGCAGUGCCACCAACCACCAAGAGCACCCCACAGGCAGCAGUGGCGACAGCAGCAGUGCCACCAACCACCAAGAGCACCCCACAGGCAGCAGUGGUGACAGCAGCAGUGCCACCAGCCACCAAGAGCACCCCCCAAACAAGUUCUGCUUUGCUGUCUUCCAAAACCCAAGCGAGUGCCCCAGCAUCAGUGUCCAAGAACGGUGCUCAGGUGAGCAGCUCACUGCUUCUGGCCCCCAAGAGUGGUCCUCAGGUGGGCACCUCGCUGCUGCUGGCCUCCAAGGGCCCGGCUAAGGUGGGCUCCCCGCUGCUGGCCUCCAAGAGCAGUGCGGAGGUGGCCGCCUCGCUGCUGGCCGCUCGCAGCGGCGCGCAGCCGGGAUCCUCGCUGCUGGCUUCCAAGAGCAGCGCUCAGGUGGCUGCUUCGCUGCUGGCCGCUCGCAGCGGAGCUCAGCAAGGGCCCUCCCGGGCUGGAGCUCAGGCAGGCGCUUCCCUGCUGGCCUCCAAGAGCGGCUCGCAGGCAGGCGAAAGCCCCGCGAAGGCUCUGUGCAAACCGCUGACCAGCGAGGAUGCAAAGGAAAGACAGCCUUUUUUCAACAGACUUUACAAAGCUGUAGCCUGGAAACUGGUUGCUGUUGGAGGCUUCAGUCCUAACGUAAAUCAUGCAGAACUUCUAAAUUCAUCUAUUCAGUCUGUAAAAGCUACGUUAGAUGUUGCUUUUGUUCCCCUGAAGGAACUUGCAGACUUGCCUCAAAAUAAAAGUUCUCUAGAAAAUAUAGUUUGUGAACUGAGGUGCAAGUCUGUCUACUUGGGUACUGGCUGUGGUAAAAGUAUGGAAAAUGCCAAAGCAGUGGCUUCCAGAGAAGCUUUGAAAUUAUUCCUCAAGAAGAAAGUUAUUGUGAAGAUAUGUAAAAGAAAAUACAAAGGUAGUGAAAUUGAAGAUUUGGUGCUUCUGGAUGAAGAGUCAAAACCUUCAAAUUUGCCUCCAGCUUUAAGAAAUCCUCGUGAGAUCUUGUAGGGGAGAAUCACUGUUUGUACUGUGUAUAGUAUUUCAAUACAAGGACUGAAGGUUAAUUUUGUACUUUGAAAAUGUAGGCUUCCAGAUAUUUUGUAUUUCUUUCUCAGUUUUGCAAGACAAUGAUAGUCCUUUCACUUGGUAGCAAUUGUAUAAAACUUGUUAGAGAUGACAAGUGAGCAUUUAAAGGUAUUGCCUUAAUGUACAGCACACUAGUGUGCUGUUGUAUUUGCAAAAUAGUCUACCUAACUCUUCUAUUUUUAAUUAAACUAUUAAGGUACAAUUUGCUGUUUAAAACCUGACGUUUUUGUAAUUCUUACAAUUUGAUGGUAGUGUGCUCAAUUGUCUACCAUAUCUUUUCUAGGCUUGUAGAAGUGUGUACAUAGGGACCAUAAUACUUGAAUAAUUGAAAGUUGUUUAAAAAUUUCAAUCAAAAAGUUGAAUUACCCGUUUCAGGCUUGUUGCUCAUAAUGUUCACUGUUGCUCAUACCAGGAGAGAAGGUAGUUGGUUGACUAUUUUUACGGGAUGUUUUCACAGCACUUGCAAUAUAAGUGACAUCCUGAUCCCAUUUAACAUUAUACUAUCAGGUUAGAGCCCAUUUAAUAUAACAUUGGCAAAUUAGCAAUUAGCAGUCAAGUCACAGCUAUUUCAGCCACCAAAACUGUAAGCAGAUUUAAUUUAUAUGGUGAAGUAUCAUUUACAGUUUUGUUUGUUUGUUUGCUUUCCAAAUGAACGUGAAUUUCUACACUAAAUAUAUUUUGACUGCUACUAAAACAAUAAAACCUCUGUGAUAAGCUUUUAUAGUAUUUUGGUUUUGGCUAGUAAAUUUUCCAGCCAUUUCAAUAACAUUGCAACACCUUCAGUAAAGCUUUGAGUGGCUUCAAGGUGUAAUCCCACAAGGAUGAGUUGGUUUCUUUAGAUGUGUAGCCGAAAUACUGUAAAACUGAUAGAGGGGACCUGUAGGAUAUUAAUUUCUACUUUUGUAACACCAAGGUAAGCAAAAUGAAAAUUCUGCUGUCUGCUGGAGACAGCAAGUGUAUCGUAAAGCAUUCAUUCUAAUCAAGCCCUUCCUUUGCUACAUUUUUACUCCCUGUACAGAAUAGUUUGAGGCAAAGAAAGUGGGGAAUUACCUUUUAUUUUCAAUGUUGCUGAAAUACCUGCACAAACUGCAUGUUUUGGUAUAUUGGAUAAUGACAUGUAAUUGUAAAAACAUAAUGUCUUCAGUGCUUUUUUGAAUUAAUCUUGUCCUAUUACAGUAGUUAGCAUAAUUUAGUGGUGUCCUUACACUUGACUGACAGAUCCAUUGAUCAAGUGCUAAAGGAACAAAUAGGGAUUUCUGGGAUCUCAGUAGUACAUACGUCCACUUCCAGUUAUUUUGUAAUUUUUGGGACUAAACCACUGUGGUGUUUACACUGUACCCUGUGUGCUUUUGAACAGCAGUGGCUGUCCAGUCCAUAGCAUCUGCAAGGCACUCACACUUCCCGAUGGCUGGUUGAGAUUCCUCCACCUCACCCAUGCUUCUGUGCCCUCAGUGGCCCUGCACCCUAGUUAGAGUUCUCAGGAGCUCCCCUUGGCAUUCCUGGAGCACCACCCGGUGUUGGGAAUGCUGCUUCUUAGCACAGGAAUUGGUUUCUGCUUCUAGCACAGGGCAAGCUUCGUGCUGUGCUUAGGAGCUGUGAUAUUCAUGGUGGGAAGUGUGAGAUCUGUUUUCAAGUCCUUACCCUGUUCAGGUAGACACAUGUGAGGACUGUGCUUGUGGGGCAGGCGUUGCAUCCUGUGCCCUCUGUAGUACAGCUUUCUCUGCUGUUAGUUUGGUCAUCUCCAGAUCUCUGGUUCAGAAUCGCAGUACGUGUUGUAAUGUGAAAACCUGUGUUUCUCCUCUGUAAAGCAAAGCUCUCAGUAUUCACCGACCUCAAGGAGCUGUUAGGGCAACUGUGUUAAAAGGCUGAGGUGCUAGAUGCCUUUUUUAAAAGACCUGGCUUAGGAUUACUUUUUUAAAAAUCUUGGAUGUUAUUCCUCUUUGAUGUUUGGUUGUGAAUCAUUAAAGAACA